CCCGGUAAGCCGGCCGGCGCCUGGAAGAGGCGGGGCACAGCGAGGCAGAGCAGCAUCGCGGGGAUGGCGGAGCUGCGAGUGUUCCCGUUGGCCUGCGCCGUGCAGAACUACUCCUGGGGCAAGCUGGGCCGGGAUAGUGAAGUGGCCAGCCUCCUGGCAAGCAGCAAUCCAAUGAUCCAAAUCGAAGCAGGCAAGCCCUAUGCGGAGCUCUGGAUGGGCGCUCACCCCAAAGGAGACGCCGUGAUUCUAGAUAAUCGCAUCCCCCAGAAGACCUUGCGGCAGUGGAUCAUGGACAACCCUGACUGCCUGGGCACCAAGGUCAAGGAGGUCUUCCAGGGCCAGCUGCCCUUCUUGUUCAAAGUGCUGUCUGUUAACUCAGCCUUGUCCAUCCAGGCUCACCCCACCAAGGAGCUGGCAGAGAAGCUUCAUGCCCAGUAUCCAGAGCACUACCCAGAUGCCAACCACAAGCCGGAGAUGGCCAUCGCCCUGACGCCCUUCGAGGGCAUGUGUGGCUUCCGGCCUGUUGAGGAGAUUGUGUCUUUUCUCCAGAACGUUCCUGAAUUCCGGGCCCUGAUCGGGAACGUGGCGGCGGAGCAGCUGGAACGCUGCGUAGGUGAAGACCCCCGGGGUGUCUCUGCUGCACUGCGCAUCUGCUUCACUCGGAUGAUGAAAAGCGAGAAGAAGGUCUUUGUGGACCAGCUUAACAUGCUGGUGAAGCGGAUUUCUCAGGAAGCAGAUGCAGGGAAAGAGACUUCGGCCAGCUGUGGAGAACUCCUCCUCCGCCUCCACUCCCAGUACCCCGGAGACAUCGGCUGCUUUGCCAUCUACUUCUUGAACCUGAUGAAGCUGCAGCCCGGGGAGUGCAUGUUCCUGGGUGCCAAUGAACCCCACGCCUACCUCUGCGGAGAUUGCAUCGAGUGCAUGGCCUGCUCUGACAACACGGUGCGCGCUGGCCUGACGCCCAAGUUCAUUGACGUCCUCACGCUGUGCGAAAUGCUCAACUACACGCCAGCCCCCUGCAGCUCCAAGCUCUUGAGCCCCGUCCAGAGCCGCCUGGACCCUUGUGUCUACCUCUACGACCCGCCUGUCCCAGACUUCUCUGUCAUGAGGAUAGAGAUUCCUCCCUCCAUCAAGCUGUACCUCAUUUCGGCCAUCGACUCGGCCAGCAUCCUGUUGGUGGUACACGGAACUGCUGUCGGGACCUCCACUGCAGCCGCUUCAGAAAUGGCUGUCCGCCGCGGCUCUGUGCUCUUCAUCUCCGCCAAUGAGAGCGUCUCCUUGCACCUGUCCGCACCUGAUGGGAUGCUGCUCUUCCGAGCCUGCUGUCUCAUAUAAAAUGGGGUGCUCGAGGGCUCUUUCUUCUCCUGCUGAGACUCCAGUAGAAACGGCUCUGUGUCCUCUGCACGGGCCACUUACUCCCCUGACCCAUCAAACCACUGUGUCAAAAGCCCACAGCAUUGGUGCCCCCACCCCUCUUUGGUGGGCCUUUGUUUCUCACACAGCUUGACUCUUAUCUAGGGAGAACCCUCCUGCUCCUGUAACGGUUGCUGUAAAACAUGGGGCUGGGAAUUCUCCAGUAGACCUCGUCGUUUUUUAAAAACUCUGCCAUCUCCACCGUGUGCCCCAACUCCCAUCAGUUCCUAUGGUUACUGGCUACGUGGUCUGAUGGGAGUCAGAGUCCAGCAGCUCCACCCCCUGGACUAGACCAUGCUGCUUUUGAGGGGUAGUGGUCUGCAGCACACCCUGAACUUUAAAAAUGCUGUAAAACUUAUGAAACCAGCAACCACAGUCAAUCGUGUGCCUCUCUCACCCCCCCCCCACCACCACCCUGGGAAGAGGGUGGAAGUUUGGAAGAAGGGCUUGGUAAUGAUUUGAGCUUCCCAGCCACCUGGAAUUCCCUCUUAGCCAGGACAUUCUGCCUCCUGCCCUUUACCUGGGGGGCAGGCAAAAGCUUGUCUCCACCUCACCCCAGUUCCUGCCGAUGGAGAGUGGUUGGCUAUCGUUGCUUCCAGUGCCUGGCUGACAAAGUUUGCCCUGGCUGUAGUGGACAGCAUGCUCUGGUGUGAAAGUGCUUCCUCCUUGAGGGGCAGCUGCAGGUGGCUGCUUAAUCUAGGAGUGGUUCUAUCUGCCCACAGCAGGGCCAUGUGGGUUGAGCCUGAUAGGAGUUGGGAGUCCAGCAACUCCUGGCAUAGCUGCCAAGUCUCCCGUUUUCCCUGGAAAAUCCCAGUUUUUCCAGCUGUUCCUAGCUGAAAAAACGGAUUUUUUUUGUUUUCCCCCGGUUUAUUCUGAUGCGACGGCCAUUUUGGAACUGGGCGGAGUAUGCUCAGAAGCGACUUUUGAUGCUGCUCUGCCCAGUUCCAAAAUGGCUGCAGUGCGACUUCUGGCGUGGCAGCCAUUUUGGAACUGGGCAAAGCAGCAUCAAAAGUCACUUCUGAGCAUGCUCUGCCCAGUCCCAAAAUGGCGGCAGCGCUACUUCCGGUCUGCUAUUUCCGGCCCAGUCCCUUAUUUCUCUGACAGCAACUUGGCAGGUAUAUAUAGGCUCCCCAUCCCCAGCCAAUAGUCCUGAUUUCGGGAUGGGAGGACAAGCCAGUAGUACAUUUUUGGCACCGGUGGCUUUUCAGGUGCAAUGUCACUGGACUUCCAUCCUGGGCCAGGUGGCAGAAACAAGAAGCCUGGGGGCAGGGCCUUUGCUUUGGCCUCUCUGGGUGCUUUUCACCAUCUGCUUUCCCCCCCAGUAGCAUUUUUCCAGCACCAUGUAGGAAGCUCUGAGUGGUUCUAUCGACUGGCUGCAAGUGGGUGUCACAAUAAACCAUAGCUGCUUGUGAUAAGAACAGACCUGCUCCUGGUCCAGCUCCAAGUGCAGUAUGAGUCUUCACUUUUCCUUGUUUGAAACAAGCACACCACGGGGUUGAUGGAGCUGGUUUGCUCCAAACAAAGCACAGUGAAGACAAACCAGUCUAGGGCCAAGAGAUUAAUUAAAACUGGCACCCCAAUUUUCCUUUUAUUCCUCCCCCCUCACAUUGGUUGCGGUGAGAGAGCCUGUGUGUGUGUUCAGGCCCAAGGAGGGUAGAGGCUCCUUUCUAUUCAGACGUAGCCAGUACCUGCUUUUCCUGCAGUAGUUUGGAAUCUGUUCCCAAAUAACCAGGAAAAGGGUUCCCCUGCCCAAAUAGUGUGUUAAAUUUGGAGGCAGGUUCAGCUUUUUGUGGCCUGCAGGGGCUGUGGUUAUAAGAUGAUCAAAUUGGCACUCCAGUUUGGGGUGCGUGUGAGCCAUAUACAGGUGAAACGUGGAAAAUUAGAAUAUUGUCGAAAAGUGCAUUUAUUUCAGUAAUGCAACUUACUAUUUUUUAUUCUUUUAAUUUUUACAAAUGCUUUCUUUUGGAAAUUCCACAGUAAUAAAACAAAUAGUUACAAUAAUACAAAAAUAAACAUCGCUAUUACAUUUCAUUAAUUACAUUCCAUUUAUAAUUGACCCACCUAACGACAAAUAAUUACAACAAAUAAAGGCUUGACAUAUCUUGCUAUGCAUCUAUCUCAUAUGUCGGUUUCACCUUUUAAGUUGCAAUACUGAAAUAAAUGCACUUUUCAACGAUAUUCUAAUUUUCAGAGUUUCACCUGUAUCAUUAAGCGGAGGCAGAAAAACAAUCUGCCUUUGCAUUUGUCACCUCCCAUAACUGGGCCUUGUUAUAUUUAGCCUGCUUUGAACUUGGCAGGUCCCCACCUGUGUCCCCCUUUAGCCAUGUAGAACUGCAGCUUAUGAUGGUAGCAUCAUCUCGGAAUGCAGCUCAUGUUUGGCUUUUGCACCAACAGGGAGGGAGAGCUUAUUAAGAGUGGCUCUUCCCUUAAAAACAUCCAUCAGAUUACCACAUCUUCACUGUAUGGUGAAGCUACUUACCUGGCAUUUCAAAGUAAAGUACAUGUGCCAAUAGCUAAAACGAGUGUUAUACAGUGGUACCUCUACUUACGAAUUUAAUGUGUUUCGAAUGCACAUUCAUAAGUCGAAAAAAAUUGUAAGUAGAAAAAAUCCUAACUAAACCGCAUCCAAGAUGGUGGACGGAGCUCCAUUCGUAAGUAGAAACAUUCAUAAGUAGAGGUACCACUGUAAUCACUCUGUGCUACCCCUCGUUUCCCCCUCUUGCAGAAAAAUUCAUUGAACAAUGGUACCCUAAACUCUUGGGUAAAUCAGUGCUAUAAAUUCAAGUGUUGCUAAGGGACAGGGUAGGGAGGUGGCCUUUCAGUUGUCACUGGCUUACAGCUCCCAUCAUCCAGAACCAUUGGCCAUUCUGGCUGAUGGGCGUUGGGGUCCCGCAAGAUCUAGGGGGUCAUAGGUUCAGUUCUGUGUCUUGGGGAGCAGGAAGCCCAGCCACUCUACCUUCAACUCAGUUUGAAGUUGCAGUGUUGUAAGUUGUUGCUUACAGAGGGAGGGUAAGUGCACUUGCCACUUCCACUCGACAACUCUGGUUUGAUUUUGCAUGCUCAUUUGGGGCUCAGCAUAUUUCAGCAAAGAGAACUGCCCCAGUUUCUCUUUAGCGUCCUGCCAAAUAGGAGUGUGUCCUUGCCCUAGCGGAGUGCCAAGCAGGAGCGACUGUUGUCUGCUGCAGAAUGAUUUGAGAGAAAAAAAAUUGCAGAGACUGAAAUAACAGUUAUAAGUGAAAGGAAAUAGGAUGUUGGGGGACUGGCGGAAUACAUGCGUUGUCUUAGGGUGUUGUGUAUCAGAAUUUGAAUCUUGAGGUCAUCCGUCAGAUGGAUUCUGACUCCAGACUCUGGCGCUGCAAAUUGUAGAGCUGUGGUUUCAGCAUUUGACGUUUUUAUAGCUACGGUCAACCACUUCUUACCAUUUGUGUUACAAGAUGUGUGGACCCAGUUGUACACUUUAUACAAACUAUGUUGUUCCUAAAUUAACUGGAGGUUUGAGACGUACAGAGUGUGUGCAAGUAAAGACCCCUGGAAAAGCCAGUAUUCCUGCUACCAUUGUACUGUAUUCCAUUUUUCACAGCUAUAGUUAUGGCUAAUAAUCCACAAAGAAUGAAACAGGGAGAUGAAAUUCAGAUGGGUUCAGAAACAAAAAAUCUUCCCACCAGUGUAAAACAUCAGUUGUUUAAGAGUCAAAUGCAGCGAGUUAAAGUUGACUAAAUAAAGAAAGUGCUGUAGAGGACAGGCCCCAAGA